UUCAUUUGUCUGCGGAGUGCCAGGGCCAUGUUGAAGAUGUCUGGCCUGAACAUUUCACGUUGAUUCAAUCAGAGACUUCUAAGUUAGCGUUACAUCGGGUUAUCUAAACAGGGUAGGAUACACAAUGGUGCGCUGUUUCAAUCAAGUGUAUUGUAACGUUACUCGUUUGACCACCUGAAUUCGACAGUUUAAAGGACUUUCUAGGUGGUGUGAAUUUUCCGUCGACUCCCUUAGCAAGACGCGUAACGUAGAAUUGUUAUUUGAUUUAUUUCAUUAUUAGUGUUACUUCUGUUCACGUAAAUGUUCACUCUUAAUGUUUUGCCAACCCACUACAGCCGCCUAGACGCUGACUUGUACCCUCUGGGAUCCGGCUACGUCCCUGAAAUUGAAGGUGUCCAUGACAUAUCAGUUGGAACAAAGAGGGGAUCCGACGAACUCUUUUCUUCCUGCAUAUCCAACGGGCCCUAUAUCAUGAACUCAGCCAAUGGCAACGACACCAAAAAAUUCAAAGGUGACGUCCGCAGUCCUGGUGUUCCGUCACGUGUGGUCCAUGUGCGCAAGCUGCCCAACGACAUAAAUGAGGCUGAGGUUAUUGGACUGGGACUGCCCUUUGGGAAGGUCACUAAUCUGCUGAUGCUGAAAGGGAAAAACCAGGCAUUCUUGGAACUGAACAGCGAAGAGUGUGCACAGACGAUGGUGAGCUACUACUCUUCUGUGACCCCUGUCAUCAGAAACCACCCCAUUUAUAUGCAAUACUCAACCCAUAAGGAACUCAAGACAGACAACUCCCCCAACCAAGUGCGUGCCCAGGCAGCUCUGCAGGCAGUCAAUGCAUUGCAUGGAGGUGGAAUGGGAAGCAUGGCCAUUUCCACAGAUGCAGCAAGCAUCGGAGGAGGCGCUGCCCAAAGCCCUGUCCUCAGAGUCAUAGUGGAGAACCUUUUCUACCCCGUCACCCUGGAUGUACUACACCAGAUUUUCUCCAAGUUCGGCACAGUGCUGAAGAUCAUCACUUUCACUAAGAACAACCAGUUCCAGGCUCUGAUCCAAUAUGCCGAUGGCAUGACAGCACAGCACGCCAAACUGUCUCUGGAUGGACAGAACAUCUACAAUGCCUGCUGUACCCUGAGAAUCAGCUUCUCCAAGCUCACCAGCCUCAAUGUCAAGUACAACAACGAUAAGAGUAGGGAUUACACCCGACCAGACCUCCCUACUGCUGAUUCACAGCCCUCCAUUGACCACCAGACCAUGGCAGCUGCUGCAUUUGCUGCGCCCGGCAUAAUCUCAGCCUCUCCCUAUGGUGGAGCCCAUGCCUUCCCCCCAGCCUUUGCCAUCCAACAGACAGCAGGUCUGUCAGUGCCUGGCAUUCCCAGUGCCCUGGCGUCCCUGGGUGUGGGCCAUGGUGGCAUGGCGGCUGCAGCAGCGGCCGCCAGCCGGCUCGGACUGUCAGGGCUCGCUCCCUCUGGGGGACACAAUGUCUUGUUGGUCAGCAAUCUGAACCCUCAGAGCGUUACGCCACACUGCCUCUUUAUUCUUUUCGGUGUGUAUGGCGAUGUGAUGAGAGUGAAGAUCCUAUUCAACAAAAAGGAGAAUGCUCUGAUCCAGAUGUCUGAUGGCACACAGGCUCAGCUAGCUAUGAGCCACCUGAAUGGCCAGCGUCUUCAUGGCAGGGACAUGCGUGUGGCUUUUUCGAAACACACCACAGUUCAGCUGCCCAGAGAAGGCCACGAGGACCAGGGCCUCACAAAGGACUACAGCAACUCACCGCUGCACCGUUUCAAGAAGCCUGGCUCCAAAAAUUACUCCAACAUCUUCCCACCCUCUGCAACACUCCACCUCUCCAACAUACCGCCUUCUGUGGUGGAGGAUGACCUCAGGAGACUUUUUGCCAGCUCAGGAGCCACAGUCAAGGCCUUCAAGUUCUUCCAAAAGGACCGCAAGAUGGCCCUGAUCCAGAUGGGCUCAGUCGAGGAGGCAAUUGAGUCCCUCAUCGAGUUCCACAACCACGAUCUGGGAGAGAACCACCACCUUCGAGUGUCCUUCUCAAAGUCCACCAUCUGAGUGCCUUUUCUUCCUCCCUCCAAGUCUAUUGCCAUUUGAAUGCUACUUUAGUCAAGGUUGCCUUCAGUGGAAAUGGUCACCAUUACAUAUUUAUGGCUGUGGGUCUUUGUAGAAUGUUGCGCCUUUCACCCCUAUUCUUAAUUAUUUCCUGUCAUUAAAAGGUUUGGGUAUAGGAUUUAAUCAAUUCUACUUAUUGAUUCUGAUUCUUGGUUCCAAAUUUUUGUUAUGAGAAAACACAAGACAUUGUUUACAGCAAAUGUCAUUAUAUCCUUUUGAUUUACAGUAUCAUAAAUCGCAAUUCAGCAUAAAAUACAAGGUGUUUUGAAUUAAGAUAUAGAAUAUUUCUUUCAGUGAUAUUCGCACAUCCAACUAUCUCAGUGCAGUUGUGUUGGUAAAUAUGUAUGACGUCAUUCUUGAGAGAAGAUCUCCCUCAUUGCUGAGUAAGAGCAGUGUGCAUGAUCUUCUUUUCUCAAGACUGAAAUCAAAAUGUGGACAUGAAUUUACCCUCUUGUCAUGACCAGUUUUUUUGCUGUUUUACACUUAUGUGUGUGUGAGCUAGACCUGCGAACAUUAGCUGAUUCUGGGGCAUUAUGACUUUGGCCUUCAUUCUUUUACCAUGCUGCAGUAUGUUCGACUCCUCCACUGCAGUAGUUGUUUUAGUAGUAGAUCCUGCCUUUAAUGAGGUAAACAAUAUUCACAUACAUUGGUAAAAGUUGAAGAAGCGACGUAGACAGUAUAUCAGUCAAAACAGCUCAGGAAUCAGUAAGUGGAAUCAGUAUGUUUCUGAUCAAAUCUUUGGUUUUGAUGGAGCUGGUUCCAGUCUGGACAUGUUCUUGGUACCCAAACCUUAAUGUUCAUUUGUUCCAUCGCAAAGUUUUAAGUGGGGUCCUGGGGAACGGGCAAUAUUCUACAAAGACAGAUGUUUUAUUGGAGGUGAAGUAAGGGCAGCUGAUGAACUGUCACUUUAGACCAAAUCGCUUAAAAAAAAAAAAAAAAAAAAACACCCUCCUCCACGGAUGUAUGCUUAUGUGGAUGAAUCGUAUCCACACCAGACACACUUCAGCAUUCCUUUUACUAUGAUGGUCGUAUGGAUAUAUAUAGAUAUCUGUGUGUGUGUGUGUGCCUUUUUGAAACGCCACUUUGAACCUGUUUGGCCAGUCAGAAAUGGUUUGAGACAAAGGAUUUUGUUUUGGCUCGCAGACCACCCAGCGAUUUAUUUCUCUAGUAUCCAUUUUUAUUUUCCUUCUGUAACUGCCCAUCUAUGUGCUUCGGGGGAUCCGUACCACUAUCUAAAAGUUUUCAAUAAGGACACAUUUUUCUUUAAAUAUCUCUAUCUAUAGCCUUGUGCCUUACUUUGCCCCGACCAGAUAGCCUAAAGCGUUACUCUGGCUUCGCUUGGGAAAGAUGUGGCUCUCAAAAUGCCUUUUCUCUUGUUUGUGUUUGUUUUUUGCCCCCCUCCACCCCCCAGGCCUUUUGAUACUGUAUGUACCAGCAUUGUUAAAAUGGGGGAAAAGUGGCUCAUUGAAUCUUUUCCUUUUAAAACAAAUGUUAAUCUAAGGAUUUGUAUGCAUAUAUCCCCAUUAUAUGUAUGUAGAAACUAUGAAUGUAAGUCAGUUAGAUGCCUAAUAUUUUUGAUUGGUGGUGUAGCUCUGUUAGGUGUGUUGUGGCGGGAGUAGAGCUGCGUCCAGCCUUCCUGUCUUACAAUCCCCACUCACCUCCAUUUAGUCCUUUCUCAGUAGGGACAAUGGUGUUUGGGGCCUCAUUUAACCAUAUUAUGUUCAUCUAUAUGUGGACACAUAUAUUCAUUUAUCGUUUCUUUUAAUGUUAGCAUUUACAUGUGUAUCAUUUCUGAGCUUAACUGAUACCUAAAUGUAGUGGCUGGGUUUGAUCAUUAUCACAGUGCCUUGACAGUGUUAAAUCUGAGGCUGAAAUACGUCUGGCCGGGUCAGUUGGCUUUGUUUACCUCUCGUUCAGGUGUUUUUAUCUUACCUGCCUACAAAGAUGCCUUUAUCCCAUUAUAUUCAGGUAAUCCUACCUGUGAGAGGGCAGCUUGGAGGCAUUUGUCAAUUGAAAGUCACUACAGUCUUGGACUGUGCAUAAAAUCCCAGUAUAUAUUUCUUAAAUUCAGGAUAACAGGAUUAUAGGUUGGGGGAGCCCUCACCCAUUCCCUGUCUGUGUCAACUUACACCACAGUCAGGUUGUUUAGUGCACUUUUCCUCAAUGAUAGGUCCAAGUUGGCACCAUCACGCUGAAGUCUUAAACGUUGUCACAUUCCUGCGUGCCUCAAAGCACCAGUUUCCACAGCCUCGACCACUGUAGUUUUGGACCAGAUGCGGAUGCGCUGUGUCUCUAUUUUUGUAAAAGAUUAUUAUGCAUGGUUUAAAAAAAGGCUUCAUGUAGCUGCAGACGGUUAUUGCUGUUAAGGACCAAAGUAUCUUCUACCCCCGCUGUUUUGUAGUGUUGUGGUUUCUUAAAAGAUUUUUCACAUUCCUGCUAUUCCACAAGUACACAAGGCUUCAAGUUCCUUUUUUUCCCCAUUUCUCAGAUGCCUUGGACAAAAGUCACAUGUUGAAAUAUCUUUUGGGUUUCAGCGUAUACUGUAUAUUGUAUCCCUUUUCGUUUGACUUUACAAAGAGCCUACUUUGAUAGAUUGCUUUAGGAUGGAUACUUAAUUGAACCACAGUCAUAGCUGUGAUGUUGACAGUGUAGAAGAUUAUAUGCCUUUCAACUUUUGUUAAAAGCUUUUAUUUUUCUCCUUUUUUUAUAUAUAUAUGGGGGCGGGGUGGGGUUAUUGUAUGAAUCGGGGUUGAUGGUUGUAUAUAUUCAUGUUUUUGUACCACAAAAUCAUUUGGAUUAUAUCCACUUUACGUUCAAAACAUGUAUAUUUUGAUAAAACAAUACAGACCUAUGAAGCUCUCUGGAGCUGUAAAAACAAGAAAAAAAAACUUUUGUAACACAAAGACAUUAAACCUGAAUCUGAACACAGAAGUGUCUCUGUAUGUGCCCCGCCCCCCCCCUCCCCCUUUACCAUUCUGUUCUUGUCUUUUGCAUCUUCUGCUGCCUUCAAUAAAUCUUUAGUUUGUUCCUUCUUCCA